AUGAUGUCUCCAUCUCGGAGAAAUAUCGGCGUGUAUGGGUUUAGAGCUUUGGAGUUCAGUAAAGUGCCGUUGGAAGAUCCAAGGUCCUCAAUCAACCAUUACCCAGAAGAAACCGAUGCGAUACGGAGGUGCUUGGUGGAGAUUCCGGCGUCUUUGACGGCGAUUUCGUUACCACGAGCGAUUCGACCCAUAGUUAACCCGGGAUUGCAUUGUAGAGUAUCGCACAUCUCUUGGACCCUCGUGGAAUGCUAA